UUUUAUGACAAUGUCAAUGAUUUUUGUUUCCAAUACCCCAGUCCGCCUAGUCAUUGUUGUCUAUAAUGGAUGCGGGUCGCGGGCAGUAUAUAAAAAAAUAAAAUAAAAAACAAAUAGUGUAACUUUCUAAAAUGGUGAUGGACUGAGAGAGGUCGAGAAGGAUUAUUGGAAAAUACGACUUGGUUCUAUAGUUCCAAUGAUGAUGGACUGAUUAGCUAAGAACUUCAUUCAUAGAUGCUAUCGUAAUGUUAAAAUAGAUGCAGCAAUGCAGACUAUAAACACGAAAAGCUGACAGCAAAAUACUAGGUUAUAUGACAAAGAUUUUAGAAGAAUUCAUCAUAAUGAAAAGAUUCAAACAAAUGUAACUUUGCGGAAGGAGAUACUUUGAAGAAAAGAAGAGCAAAAUCACCGCUGAUUUUCAAGGAAGAAACGAUGAUGUUGCUGCUGCCAGAUGAGUUGGUGUUGGAGAUUCUAAAACGACUUUCUUCAGGCAAGCAAGUGGGAAGGUGUAAAUGUGUGUGCAAGUCUUGGCGAUCCAUACUCGCAAGUCCUACCUUUCUGGAGGCUUACCAAAGGCGACAACCGGGGCUGGUUCUGUAUUUUCCAGAAGAAAUCGAUUCCGAAACAGGAAAUGACAGAAAGGACAUGCGAAUCCGUUUCUUUUACUCAACUCUUUGGCUUCACAACCCCAAGGAAGAAUUCAGUUGCCUGUACCAACUCGAAAUUGGUAGUCGCUUCGACCAAAUAACCAAUGUGGUGAACGGUCUUACAUGUGUCUGCGAAGGUAAUCCUCAGGCUCAGCGGUGGACCCUGCACAACAUUUGUACCGGACAGAAGAUGAGCUUGCCCGCCCCUCCACCGAUGAAUCCGUUAACCCUGUCAACAUGUCACCUUGGGUAUGAUCCUGGUAGCAAGGUUUACAAAUUAUUGAGAUUGAGAUGGAUCACAAACAAUGUUUUUAAUCAUCCUCGCACGGUGAGGCCAAAUGCUGAGAUAAUGACUUUGGGAUCCAGCUCCACUAGGUUAUCUAAUUCGUGGAGGAACUUGGACAAAAAUGAAUCAGGUAUUGCCGAUUUGCCCCUGGUCAGUGUUUUUCUAAUUCAAGGAAUAACAUUUUCAGGUGACGGGGUCCUAUAUUGGCUUCAGCACAGACAUUUGAUUUCAUUUGAUCUCAACAAGGAGAAGUUUCUGGUGAUUAAACUCCUUGAGGAUCUUGUGUGCAAUGAUUGUCGCAUGGGUGUGGUGUGGCGUCUCGCAGAGUCCAUGGGACGAUUGGUUGUAUGGCGUCCUCAUCGGGUUGUUGAUCAUCGGAUUCCUGAACGUUUUGUGUUGUUUAUAUUAGAAGACAAGGAGGGCAACAAAUGGAGCAAACACAGUGUAAAAUUGCCUGAAGAACUCACUAGAGAACCAGGAAGCAAUAUCAUUGUAGUCGGAAAGCUCCCUACUGGGGAGAUGCUAUUGAUGAAUUCUGUUCGCGAAAAUGAACUCCCCCGUUCCAGGCGCGUCUUUUCUUAUAAUUACCUCACCAACGAGUUCAAUGGGUUUUCCAUCGGAAAGCUCCAGAUAGGGCCAAGUGGUUAUGGCGAUGAUUUUUCUCAUGAUCCUGGGCCCUUCUGUAUAAGAUUCCAUGAUAUAAUGUCUUGGUGUUUACCUGAUAACAAUAAUUUACAUUUACCAUUAGAAGGUAUCCUAAGCGGUAGGAUCUGAACCUAAGACGAUCAAACUCUAUCAUUUAUGGAGUUGGCAGCUUAAUUUUCUAGUCUUGACAUCAUCCCUGAAGCUCCAAAGAAAUGCAGA